AUGUCUUUAUACUUGAUGUUUGGUGGAUUGGAGCAACAACAACACGAGCAUCCGCUUGAACUUGUUGAUUUGCAACCAAAUUAUCCGUGGUACAAAGAAUAUGAAGAAGAUGAUGAUGAUGACGACGACGAAUAUACAGAAUGGGACUUUUGUAGUCCAUGUAAUCUAUGUGGGAAAAAUAUUUAUUUGUACCAACGAUAUUAUUACAAAUGUAGUCGCAAUUCAUGUGACUUCUUUCUCCACAAAUGGUGUGGAGAGCUUUCCAAAAGGAUAAGUCUUAGAUCACAUUCUGAUCGUUGUUUUGAUGGUACUAGGACUUUCAAUCAGAGUGGGUGGUACUAUGUUAUCUGUGAUAUUUGCAAAAUUUUUAAGGAACACGAAAAGAUUUAUGGAUGUGAAAACGGGAAAGAUUAUGAAGAGAGUGAUUAUCCUUAUAAUAUCCUCAAUCUCCCAUUCCGGGAUGAAACUGACAGCAUACAAAAACAACUAUUUUUGAAAGAAACCUCAGCUCAUGGUAAUUUUAAAGAUAACCACCGGUUAAUCGACAAUAAAUGUCAUCAACACCCACUACGCCUCAUCCAUAGUCGUAAUAUUUCAAACCACACAUCGUCCAACAUCAGUCUACAUAACCCGAGGGAAAAGGUUGAACUAUUAUGUGACGGGUGCGUAAGACCCAUCUCGAGUAUGCCAUUUUUCCAAUGCACCCAUCAUGGUUGCUCGUCGUUUGUUCUCCACGAGUGGUGCACCCGUUUACCCCCUAAGUUGAAAAAUCACUUUGCUCAUGAUCCACAACAUACUCUCACUCUCCUACCAAAAGUCCCUGUAGGCUUUGGGGUGUUCAAAUGUCAUGUUUGCCUGUCUAAGUGUAACGGGUUUGCCUAUGGUUGCGAAAGAUGUAAAGACUUCUACAUUGAUGUUACUUGUGGAUUCAUGCCCGAAGCAAUCACACAUGAAGCUCACCCAAAUCACCUCUUUUUGAGAGUUAAGUAUUAUGAAGCAAGCCGUUGUUUCGCAUGUGCAAAUGAUAUCUAUGAUACAUUUACAUAUAAAUGUCGCACCUGUAAAGAUGUUUAUCUACAUCCAGAAUGUGCUUUGUUAUUACCCAAGACAAUCACGCACAAGUAUGACAGCCACCCCAUGAAGUUGAGCUACAUGCCAAUCGAGAACCACAAGAGUGAAUACUUUUGUGAAAUUUGUGAGGAGAAAUUCGACCCAAAGACAUGGUUCUAUCACUGUUCUAACAAGUGUGCCCAGUCUCUGCAUACCGCAUGUGCACCGGUGAUACUUCAAAGUGAAAAACAGACUUCAAGGUUUAAAUGCGGGGUUUAUGGGUAUGUGAAUAUAAAGUUUGGAAGAGUAGUUGAUAACAUAAAAGGUCACUCACAUUCGCUUGUAUUUGCUCAAGGGGUCGACGACGAUGGAAGAUGCGUAAAAUGUAGAAAGGAGGCAAGGUGA